AAGCUAAACGGAUCUCUCGCUUGGUUCGUCUUCACACGAGCUUUAUUAAAAACACAUUCUGAAUUACCAACACACAGACGAGGAGUAAAUAUGUAUACACCAGUCAUAAUACUAUUGGUUUUUUUAGUCGUAGUUGACUCUUGUGAUUUGGAGACCAACUACCAAAAGGAUGGCCAAUGCUGUAAAAUGUGUGGACCAGGUAAAAGGAUGAAGUUGAACACAGAUUGUAAGGAUCCAUCAUGUGAAGAAUGUGGCGAUAUGGAAUAUCAGGAUGGUUACACCAAGGAAAACAUUUGUAAACGCCAACCUUUCUGCGAUACUAACCUCAAUUUUAAGAAGCAGAAUAGUUCAAGUAAGACAGAGAUCAGUCCGUGUCAGUGUAUACCUGGUCAUCACUGUUCUAGUUCCUACUGUGAUACAUGUGUGAAAAACACUGAGUGCAAACUCGGGGAACGAGUGAGCGAAAACGGCACCCAGACCUCAGACACAGAGUGUGAACCUUGUCCUAAAGACACAUUCUCCAGCACUACGGGAGCCUUCACCUGCCAGCCUUGGACAGAAUGCAUUUCAGUAUUUGAAAGUGUUUCGGGCUCCUCCACAUCAGACAGGACCUGUAGGGUUAGAACGGACAUUAUAAUUGGAGUUUUUGUUGGUUUGCUGUUUUUACUGGCAUUGGGAGUCCUGUUCUUUUGGUACAAAAAAGUCAAAAUGGGAUCUGCUGCACUCUCAAAAAAGGCACACGAAUGCUGUGAGAUUUUUGGUGUUGGCUUUAACCCAAAACCACUUCAUGACGAGGCUGAAACACUAAAUGAGCAGCUGCACCAAGUCAAUCAGCCACAAGAGGACACUGAGGAUCUGUUAAGACCAGACACCCCUUUAACCCCCGGCGUUUCAGAAAAUGGAAAUCCAGUCAGUCAGGACCACAGCAAAUCAUCUAUUCUUUCUCAGCUGGAAACAGAGCCUUCUUCACAAGUCUGAAUAUACCUGCUGGAGUUAUGUUAUGUGAUAGAAAUGUGUCUUCAGUAUGUAAAAAUGCAUUAAUUUGUCUGGAGUGGGGUGUAAGGGGUAAUGCAUUGGUGGAUACCAACAGAACUUAGGUAGGUAGGUACUUUAUUGAUCCUUUGCAGGAAAUUCCUUUGUUACAGCAGCUUAGAUCAGACAAACAUACAUACAACAUCCACAGACUAAAAUUCACAGAAAUAUCUAUGUACAUUAAACAUUAGAUGUUAGUAUAUGCAUAGCAUACGAUAAUUCAAGGUGUUUAUUAUAAAUUAUGAUUUAUUGAGUUUGAUUGCAUCUGUUAGGAAAGACUUCCUGUAGCAUUCAGUCCUGCAUCUAGGUGGAAAUUAAAAACUCUUGUUGACUGAGAACAGUGUUAGCAUGCCAAAAACAUAAAUUAACAAUUCAAUCUAUUAUAACCUGCAACAUAAAUUUAAUCACAUUUUUAUCAGCUCUCUGAUCUGAAAUGUAUCAUUCCUGUUCAUGUGAUUAGCUGGCAUGUUAUUAAAUUAGACUCUUCAUAGAUAACUUGUCAUGUUGUAGUUGGUUCUGUGUCACAUGUAAUAUAAAUCUGUAUGAAUGUUAAAAAAAUCAUUGAUGAAAUGUUGCACUAUUGUACAGCAUGUAUGUAAAUUUUUGUGUGUGUAGAAUGCUGCUUUUACAUGCUUUAUUUUUUUUGAAUUUAAUUUGUAAAUAUCAGUAUUUUUUAAUUCAUUUGAUCAGUUUUGCUAUUUUAGAAUGGUCAGGGAUGGAAUUGUGCAUUGUACAAUAAAAAUUUGAUGUAUAA